AUGGAACAAAAAAUUAAUUUACAAUAUUUUAUUAAAAUUGUUACAUUCAUCUUUUUAACUCGGAUAAAUUAUUUUUACACUGAUGUGAAUACAUUUGACAAGUUUUUGAAUAAAUGGAACAAUUUCAAUAGAAUAUUAUAUACAAAAAAUUAUCGAACUCUAGCAAACUAUGGAGAUGAAAUAUAUUCUAGUAUUAGUGGAUCAGAGAAAAGGAUACCAUAUUGUGUUAAAAAAAAGAAUGAAAGGAGGUUUAUCAUUAAUAAUGAAAAAUGGAACAAAAAAAAAAGUGAACAUUCAUAUAAGAGCUCUUUAAUUAAUAAACUAGGAACUAAGAAACCUAUAAAAUAUAAUAAGAUAUUUAAUACAACACAUUACCAUAUAGAAAAAAGUUUUCUGAAUGCGCUUGAUAAAAUGUGCUUUUUGAAAAAGAUCAGGAUAACUAAUGAUGAUACUUACAGAAAAUUAAAACGUAAAAAAUAUGGAUUACGAUUUUCUUUACUUUUAAUAUUUUUCUUGUUGGUAUUAAUGAUACCCAUAUUAGAUUUAUCAUUCACGUAUUUGGUAGAUAAGAAAGGGUUAUUGGGAAUUUUAGGGCUGUUAUCGGUAAAUGUGACUCAGGGAAGUAGUGGAAGGGGGUGGAUUGAAAGAGGUAAGGUAUCAGGAGUGAUAGCAUCAUGGUUAAAUCUAGGAAAACAUCACAUCACUACAAUAGUAACAACAACAACUAUUCUAUUGUACUGUAUGCCUUUCGUCGUAUCAGGUGUCACACUUAUAUUAGCGAUUAUUUAUUACUAUAAAAAUGUUAUAAAACAUAAAAAAAUUAAAUAUAUGAAAGUGUUUAAUUAA